UUGGGGUCAAUAAAUAGCGAUUGGGAACAAUUUAAUCAUUUCUGCUUUUUCCAAUUUUUUUUUGCUAUUUCUGUGAUUCUUUCAUAUCUCAGUUGGAGACAGAAAUAGCAAGAAAGCAAAAAAUUCUUGUAGAUUUUCGCAGGAAAACAGAAAAAGGAAACCCCCCUUGUUUUCAGCGUAUUGCUCUUUCCUUUUCGAGCAACUUUUGUUCACACUCUCAUGAAAAUCUACUGAUCUCGGAGCUUCCAUUAAUGUUUAUUUUUUCUUCUUCUAGCUUCUGCUUCUCGUAAUAAUCCUGCGCUAGUAUGUUCAGCUCAGAGGCAAUCUCGAGAGAUAUGAGCAGGAACAGCAGCUAUCUUCUCCCAAAUCCGAGUAAUGACGGCGGUUUCAAGAGCAGAGAUUCGAUGGGGUCCGAUUUGUUUCUGAAUCAGCAGCAGAGUAAUCAGCAGGGGUUAGCGCGGUAUCGAUCGGCGCCGAGCUCGUUACUCGCUGCGCUUUUGGAUUCGACUACUGAAAACAGCAGCAGCGGCGACGAAUCGGAAGCUCUGUUGUCGGCGCUGAUGGAUGGGCCGCGUGAUCUGAAUCAGAUUCAGAAGGGCGGUAAUCCGAUGCAUUAUCAUCUGAAGCAGGAGGUCGGGGCCGAAUCGGAGCCCCGACCCGGUCAUAUGGGUUAUGAGAGCGCUGUGAGUGGUGGCGGAGGUGCUAUCGUCGGAUCUUAUUCCGUGGGGAUGGAGAAUCACGUUAAUUUGAGGUCGAAUCUCGUGAGGCAGAGCAGCUCUCCUGCUGGAUUCUUCAAUGGAUAUGGCAUAAUGGGGGAGGUGGAGGAUUACAGAGUGCAGAACCAUUCAAAAGCAAGUUCAUCAGCAGCAGGUGGUUUGAGCAGUCACAUUAGCUUCUCAUCCUCGAGGUUCAUGCCUAGCAUACCUGAGAACGUGAACGAAAGCAUUGCCAAUGCGACGCGCAACCCUGAAAACGGGCAGUUGGGAAGCGCCAACGCCAGAGAAUUCGACGCCCUCUUCCCUCAGGACUCGUGGAACGACACUCCUUUCAGCAGCUUGAAAAGAAAUCGAGAUCAUAUGUUUUCCAAUUUCAAUGGAUUGGAGAGCCAGAGUGGAGAAACGAGGAGAAGCCCUCAUGGUUUAGUUCACCAUUUGAGCUUGCCCAAAACUGCCACUGAAAUGGCCGAAUUGGACAAGUUUCUGCAAGCUCAACCGGACACGACUCCCUGCCAGAUUAGGGCGAAAAGAGGCUGCGCCACUCAUCCAAGAAGUAUAGCAGAGAGGGUGAGACGCACCAGAAUCAGUGAGAAGAUGAAGAAGCUGCAAGACCUUUUCCCAAAUAUGGACAAGCAAACGAGCACAGCUGAUAUGUUGGAUUUGGCAGUUCAAUACAUUAAAGACCUUCAAGUGCAAGUAGAGACGCUGACGGAGAUGAAGGCCAAGUGCGUUUGCUCCAUAAAAUCUCAACAAACAGGUCCCAGAUCGUAGCGUAAUUAGAUUUUCUGCGUCGAGGCUGUCGUGUGUAUGUGCUAUUUUUACGACUAGUUGAAGGAGCGCUAUCCGUUGUCGAUGUUGGUAGGCUUCCACCAACAAUGCGGAUGUAAUCUGUAGCGUAUGCUCAUAAUCUUUAUAUAUGUAGCUUCAUUUUAUGAAUAAUUUCUGUAUAUAUAUGAGGUGCGUAGACUUGUAAGAUUAAUCUAGUUUUUGGUAUA